AUGAAAGAUUUAGGGCCCUUGAGCUACUUAUUAGGGAUAGAAGCAGUUCAUGAUCCUUCUUCUCGGUCUUUACUGUUGAGUCAGACUAAAUAUUCCUUGGAUUUGCGUCAGAGACAUAAACUGAUUGAUUGUAAACCUUGUAAAACCCCUGUUGCUCAAGGCAGAAGAGUAUCGCUGUGUGAUGGCACUCCUCUUUCUGAUGCUUCUGCUUAUCGGUUUUUGGUAGGUGGUCUUCAAUACUUAACACUUACACGUCCAGAUAUUAGCUAUGCCGUAAAUUAUGUGUCUCCAUUUAUGCAUCAGCCAACUGAUAUACAUUUUCAGUUAGCUAAGAGGAUACUUCGAUAUGUGAAGGGAUCAUUAGGGUCUGGUAUAUCUAUCAAGAGCGGUGAUUGCUCCCAGAUUUCUGUGUAUAGUGAUAGUGAUUGGGCUGGUUUCCCUGACACAUGGCGGUCCACUUCUGGAUUUUGUAUUUUUCUGGAUCAAACUCUUGUUUCCUGGUCUUCAAAGAAACAGCCGACCAUUUCCAGGUCUAGUACUGAAGCCGAGUAUAAGGCAAUGGCAGUAGCUGCUACGGAUGUUCAGUCUUCAGUCGAUCUCUUAUCUGUUUCUGGAAUUGAAUAUACCUCUUAA